CCCGCUCCCCGCUCCCCCACCGCGCACACCUAACGUGAUCGCUGGUGUGGUCGUUUACGGGAGCAUGGCGAUCACGAGGAAGACGUUCAUAGAUCCUCCGGUGCUCCGCAAGCCGCUGGCCUUCGUGUUGUUGGUUGUCAACGUCUUUUUCCCCGGACUGGGUACUACCAUUGCAGGGUUUCUCACAUGCAAGUUGAAGAGCAUAUUCACGGGCAUCCUGCAGCUGGUAACCGCCCCGCUAGUGGUCGGAUGGGUGUGGUCGGUCAUAUGGGGCUGGGAGCUGUGGACACACGCGAGGAGGCAUCCCUUCACCCCCCUUCUUGACCCUUAAAGAGCUGUACCUUGGCUCUUGCUGUCAUCCCCGUGUUGAGAGAAUUUGGCAAACGGUGCGGUCGGCGUAGACUCGGGUGAUGGCCGCUUGGCACUCAAAACCGUUGCCUGUCUUCGUCGAAAAAAUGCUCGCUUCGGGUGGUCUGGAGUGUUUCUAGAACGGGAGUCGUGGUGAUGCUGUAGAGGGUCGGGCUCGAAGGUCGAGCCGUCUCCAUGUCUUGCUGUACUGUAGGUGCACCUGCUGGAUUGGCCAAUACAGCAAGACGUGUUUGUCGCCUCCAUAGGUGAAUGCAGCACCGCACUGUAUUGAAAGCUACUUCUAUGCAUAUUCCUGCAACGUGCCGUGUGAUGCUGUUGAUCGGUCUACGCUGUCGACAUAUGCCUUGCAUUCGGUGUCGGAAGAGCUUUCACGAUUAGUUUGUCCGAUUUAUUGUUUGCUAGAACGCGGCUUUAGAUCCCGACAUCCCGACGUGAGUUGGGGGUUCAUGUGCUAAGUUGGAUGCCCCCAAGCGAAUCACACAGAUCCGUUCCCGACGAUGCGUUCCCGCAUCUUGAGAAGCUGCUCCGCACGCGUCAACUCCUCACUGCCUCGGGGAGGGCGACGAAAGCAAGUGCAUUUUUUUGUGUGUUCGAGCGUAGGUUCUUGAAGUUCGGAGGUGUUUUUUGUUGCUAUUCUUCCCUUGGUGUUUUAAGGUCCAAGGCUUGGUUCUUUUAUUGACGGGGCGAUUAUCUCUGCAUACUUAUAUAUACAUACUUUUUUGAUCGAGACUCAGACCAGCUUUGUUUUGUACCUUCGCGACGAAAUGGUGACCGUACUUUGCAAUGUGAGGGCUAACAGUUCACAGUUGCGGUAUGCGAUUUUACGGUGUGGCGUGGAGCAGGUGUUUCCCGGUAGGUUCGGGUUUUCCCCUGUCAGCCCAUUGUGUUGCUCGUGUGUGCUUGUGUACGUGGGACGAAAGCCAUGUUUUCCCGGGUAUUUUGAUUCCAUUUGUCUCGGUUGUGUAAUCGCGUUGUCAAGGAGUAUCGUUCAAGAUUCAAAGAGCUUUCCCCAUGACCACAGGAGCUGUUUGUUGAUAACCGCCUUGAUGUUUUGCUGGUUGUGACAUUCCUUUUAACAUGAAAUGUUAAUCGAUAGCCUACGGCGAAAACACAGUUUCGAUAAAAAUUGCGAAUGCUCACCGUCGUAGUUCCUUCAGUUGUUUUUUUCAUUUGCAUUAUGGUCGCGCUCGGGUUGAUUCGAGUUUCCCUACCAUUGUUUUGCAGAGUCCAUUCCGGGCAACCCGACGCUAUCUGGCCGUUGAUGUCUCCAUGCUACGCCAUGCCUGUCUGGCACUUUUCGAGGAACGAUCAACGCCGGGAGACCCAUU